AUGGGAUUAGUGGUCCUUGAUGAAGAUAAACGCUUGGCCAAACGACGCCUGAUAGAGGCUAAUCGUGCCCGUAAACGAGCUGAAUCGGAGGGUGGGAUGCACACCCCAGUAGGUGGAAACGGACACUCUUCUGGACCCACCCCCCCGAAACAAUCGCCUUCCGGAACAGCUGCCGGAUACGCGGUAGGAACAUCGGUUGCAUCCAUUGCUACCACGGUAAAGCAAUCACAAUCGAACGAUAUGUCUAGUUUUUCACACCCCCAUCCACCCAAUUUGACUGUUUACUCCCAAACAAGUCCGGGUACGAUGGGGAUUACGGUUAAUUAUGCUGCCAAUGGAUCCACAAUGACUUUGCCCAUGACACAAGUUCCUGUCGGCCCUGGACCGUCUGUACCGUCCAGCCCAAUACCUAUGAUUGUCCCCUGCCCGACAAUGCCCUAUGGUCGUCAGCCCGUGACGGCACCCCCAUAUGAACCAAAUGUGCCUCAUCUAGUCCAACAACCAUCUGGUCAUUUGAUGUCCACCGAGGGUUACAGUGUAACUCAGCUCGGCCCGUUCGUGAGCACAAAACCGAUCAACACAACUGAUGAUUUAUCCGUUUCCCAUGGUGGUGGACCUUACUCUGGUGCGACAGAAACUACCGGUUUCUGGCAUCCUGUAUCCAGACCGAAUGGAAGCAGUCCACUGGCCAGUGUAGCCACUAUUAUCGGUGUUGAUUCUUCACAACGAGUAAACAUGUAUCAUACUGCAGAUGCCAAGGUAGAGUGGUCCGGGGAAUUCAGCUCAGCUCCAGUACAAGCGUACUCCUCAAUGGAUAGUCCAACGUCUGCCCGGUCCAGGGGACAGAAAACAUCCCCACCUAUGGGAAUAACUGGGGCGCAAUCGUUACGAUCAUUGGGCAAUAUGACAUGCGAUACGAUGAGCAGCAACAACAGUAGUAAUGGAUCCGUGGAGCGACACCAGGCUUUGGACGGAUUAUCGCUCAAUAUGAACAAUGGUCCCACACUUCCAUUAAUCAGCACACUCAGUAUGGAUGGCCAACCGGGGUCGACAAACACGUCAGACUCUAUGAUCCCUUCAGCUCUAAAUUCACCACCGUCUGGAUUUACUAUGCUGAACAAUGAAACAGGAAUGUCUAAUGCCGGUGGUACUGCCGGUGGGCAUACUAACGAAGCAUGUCAUGUGGAGGAUGUGGAUUCCCAAUCGGAUUUCCCUUGGACACAAGAAGAUCAAGACUUGGUGGAUACGAUUCGCAAAGCGUACGACACAAUACACUUUGCCAACGCCGAACCGAAUGUCUUGAACUCAAACGGUACGAACAAUUCACUACGUGUACACAUGGACGAGGAGUCAGAACCUGGAAAGUACGUGGUUCAAAGCAUUGUGGAUUCACAAGUUACAGGCUUUCUUACGAAAGUACGUCGUGGUGUAGCCGGUUGCAAGUGGACUACUACUCCUCAUCCGCCCACUCAUAUCUUAUCUUGGACUAGUGAUCAUUCUUUCACCAUUUUGCUCUUCAUAACCAAUCCCGUGUACGAAUGCUCAUCUCAACAGCUGGACGAUGUGGAACGGGAAGACAUUAACCAGGCCCGAGCCUUCUACUCCAGUACCUUUUGCGAUCUGGCCCAUGUGAUUGAACCCAUGAUCGCGUGUCUUGUCGCUUUUGCCAAACGGGUACCAGGAUUUGGAGUACUGGGAGCUGAUGAUCAAAUCCGCCUCGUUCGAGACUGCUGUCUGGACCUGAUCACUUUACGCGCCGCCUAUUCAAUCAGUUUAGUGGCUCGAACGCAAGGCUUUACAGAUCACCUGGUACGACAACCGAGUCUCAAUUCCACAAUCCGCGUGAACAAAAUGGAGGAUGAAUACAAACCAGACGGAUUGUUAAGGCCUCCGCCCAAUACUGUUCAAUCGGCAUCUCAGCCCACAACGACUGUGUGGAACGGGAACAAUAAUACGCCACCUUAUAUCAUGAAUUCGGACUACCCAAAACUGGGUACUUCAGACGAACGAUGUGCACAGGGUGUUCGUUCAGUCGCACUGAAGCUGGCUCGUCUCAACGUGGACCAAACGGAAGUGGCCAUGAUGGCAGCAAUAUUGCUCAUGUCACCAGAUCGCUCUGACCUGAUCGAUAUCGAGGCGAUCGAGGAGACACAAAAUAAUCUACUGGAGACAUUCAACCGACGAGUAAACCGUAUCAGACGUCAGAACAAGCUAUCACCUAUUCAACAAUGCUGGCCACGUAUAAUUAUGGCGCUGACGGAAAUACGGUCAAUCACAAUGUGCACACAAGAGUUCUUCUUACAAGAGCCAUCAGCAAAUCAGUGUCAGCAACUUCCAUGGUUCUUCCACGAAUUGUUUCUAGGACAUAAUCCGAUAAGAACAUCGGGCGGAUUGGAGAAAGAAGAACAUACCUGUCUGUUAGACUCGUAUCCAGUGAAAAUGGAAGGUGUCUAG